CGUAGCGCGUCCGAUAGAAAACGUGCGUAGUGUGCGUUCGGUGGUCUCGGUGUUCACGUGCGUCUCGCCGUCGUCGUCUUCUUCGUUUCCGUCUCUCCGUCUCUCUCACUCUCUCUCUCUCUCUUCCCGUACAUUUCAUAUCUCUCAUUCUCUCUCUAUUUAUAUAUAUUUAAAAUUUAUCUCUCUCUCUCUCUAUAUAUAUAUAUCUCUGUUCCUUCUCUCCAGUCUCCGAUCUGUACCAAACGCGGCACAUUAUAUUAUAUACUUGCACACACACACACACACACACAUUCGUGUACUCGCGCACAUUUGGCCGCCACAUGCCGCGGUGGUGGUGGUGGUGACCCUUUGAGAUCGCAGCACGCACCGACACACGCACGCACUAGCUCACACACGCUCGCAAACCCGUGCGCGACAGACACAACUGCGGGCGAACUCUGCGGGACGAUAUUUUCCAGGACGACUCGUUUCCGUUUUCACCCCGUCCGCGUUUUCCCAGGAAAAAUGCGGUUCUUGUGACGACCCCUACGACCCCCUUACACGCACGUCAGCACGUUCCGAUCUUGCCGGAAACGAAGCUGAUUCCGAUGUCGCCGCUGUCGCUGCUGCUGACCGCGGUCGUGGCCGCCGCCGUGGUCGCCGCCGUGCCCGACGUCACCAUCCCCGUCGAACCGAUCUACAACACGGGCGGCAAUCAAUGUUACGACGAACGCAACAAACCACAGAGAUGUAUACCGGGUUUCGAGAACGCGGCGUUCGGAUUAGAAGUCGAAGCAACCAACACGUGUGGCCAAUCCGGCCCUACAGAAUUUUGUGUGCAGUCGGGCAGUCAAGUGACCAAGAAGACGUGUGACGUGUGCACCGAAUCAUCUCACUCGCCCUACUAUAUGACAGAUUUCAGCAGCUACGCGAAUCGAACGUGGUGGCAGUCGGAAACCAUGUACGAGAGCGUUCAAUACCCGAACCAAGUCAACCUGACCCUGCACUUCGGUAAAGCAUUCGAUAUCACGUACAUCCGACUUCUGUUUUAUUCGCCGAGACCCGAGAGUUUCGCGAUGUAUAAGAAAAGUACAGAAGAUGGACCGUGGAUACCGUAUCAGUUCUACAGUGGGAGUUGUAGAGACACCUACGGAUUGCCAGACUUGAAUUACAUCCGUCUUGGCGAACAAGAGACCAGGGCGUUCUGUACUUCCGAGUUUUCAGAUAUUUCACCAUUGACGGGAGGAAGUGUGCCAUUUUCCACACUAGAAGGUAGACCAUCGGCUAAAUUUUACGAUACAAAAUCGGAAUUUUGGGACUGGGUAACCGCAACAGAUGUCCGUAUCACGUUGGACCGUUUAAAUACAUUUGGUGACGAAGUAUUUGGCGAUCCUCAAGUACUGAAGUCAUAUUUCUAUGCUAUUGCUGAUUUCGCUGUUGGAGCCAGAUGCAAGUGUAACGGCCACGCCAGCGAAUGUGUGAAAAGCACUUCAAUCAAUGGCACUUCCAGGAGAGUGUGUCGGUGCGAGCACAAUACGGCUGGGCCCGACUGCAAUGAGUGUCUGCCGUUCUUCAACGACGCGCCGUGGAGCAGAGCGACCGCAUCAAACGCACACGAGUGUAAAGAAUGCAAUUGCAACGAGUUUUCUCAUCGGUGCUUCUUCGACAAAGAGCUGUACGACCGGACCGGACACGGAGGACACUGUCUAGACUGCGCCGGGAACCGGGACGGGGCGAACUGCGAGCGGUGCAGGGAGAACUACUACCAGAGGAAGGGCGACACGCACUGUUCGCCGUGCGAGUGCAACGACGUCGGGUCGCGGAGCUUGCAGUGUAACUCCGAAGGCAAGUGCCAAUGUCGUGCGGGCGUGGCCGGCGACAAAUGCGACCGGUGCGCCGAGAACCAUUUCGAUUUCGGGCCAACCGGAUGCAAACCGUGCGGAUGUAUCGUGGCCGGUAGUCUGGACAACGAGCCGAGGUGCGAGGCCGAAAACGGAAAUUGCAUUUGCAAGGAGAACGUCGAGGGCAUUCAAUGCAACAAAUGUAAACCGGGUUUCUUCAACUUGGACGAGGACAAUUUAUUCGGUUGUACCCCUUGUUUCUGCUAUGGACAUUCUUCGGUGUGCCAGUCCGCUUCGGGUUAUUCAAGAGUUUCCGUCGAGAGCGUAUUCGUCCGGGGCAACGAGCGAUGGAACGGUUCGGACGUCUUCGGCAGAACGGUGUUGCCGGUCCACAGUCCGUUCAAACAGUCGUUGGAGAUUUCCUCGCCGUCGAAGGACGCCGUAUACUUAUUGGCACCGGACAAGUUCCUCGGGGACCAGCGUUCCAGUUACAAUCACGACUUGACCUUCAAACUGAGCAUCGGCGAAAAUAGUCCCGACCCGACCAUCAACGACAUCAUUCUGGAGGGCGGUGCCGGUCUUCGCGUCACCCAAGCGAUAUUCGGACAAGGAAACACAUUGCCUUCCGACACGCCAAAAAUGUACAAAUUCCGCUUACACGAGAACCCGGACUACGGCUGGCAACCCAGGCUGUCUGCUCGCGAUUUCUUCAGCGUAUUAUCGAAUCUGACGGCCAUCAAAAUACGAGGAACAUAUUCCGACAGAGGUGUCGGAUUCCUGGACGACGUUUCGCUUCAGACGGCCCGGCGCGGUGCUCCCGGAUUGCCGGCCAACUGGGUGGAGAUGUGCACUUGUCCCGAAGGAUACAUCGGACAAUUCUGCGAGUCGUGCGCACCUGGUUCUCGACACGAGCCAACCAGCGGUGGUCCUUUCUCGCCGUGCGUCCCGUGUAACUGUCACGGUCAUGCCUCCAUCUGCGACGCGGACACAGGUAGGUGCAUUUGUCAGCACAACACGGCUGGCGAGAAUUGCGACAGGUGCGCAAAAGGAUACUACGGUAACGCUAUGCAGGGCACCGCGCUCGACUGUAAACUGUGUCCGUGCCCCAACCAGGGAAGUUGCGUUUUGAUCGGAGAGGACACGGUCAUUUGUUUGGAAUGUCCCAAGGGAUACGGAGGCCCCAGAUGCGACAUCUGCAGUGAUGGAUACUUCGGAGACCCGACCGGGAAGACCGGACCGAUCAGCAUUUGCAAAUCGUGUGACUGCAAUUCGAAUGUCGAUCCGAACGGAAUUGGUAACUGCAAUCGGACGACCGGAGAUUGUCUGAAAUGUAUCUACAACACAGGUGGAGCGCAGUGCGACCAAUGUCUACCUGGAUACUUCGGGGACGCUCUUGCUCCCGAAAAAGGAGAUUGCAAACCUUGUGAUUGUUUCCAUCUCGGCACCACCGAGACGGGAUUCGGACCGUUGGCAUGCGAUCAGUUGACCGGUCAGUGCCAGUGUAAACCACACGUGACUGGAGUAAACUGCGACCAAUGCGAAGUCGGUCACUUUAACAUAGCCAGCGGAGACGGCUGUCAGUCGUGUGAUUGCGAUUCCGUGGGUUCCGUCAACAACACUUGUGACACCAACACCGGUCAAUGUAUUUGUCGUCCGGGCAUAACCGGCAAGAAAUGUGAUGCGUGCGAACCAUACCACUACGGAUUUUCAGUCGAGGGGUGUAAAUCGUGUGCUUGCGAUACCAUAGGUGCCGUGUCUUUGCAGUGUGAUGCGAACGGGCAGUGUCCGUGUUUGGAAAAUGUGGAAGGAAGACGUUGCGAUCAGUGUAAAGAAAACAAAUACGACCGGCAGAGAGGUUGUGUGAACUGUCCAGCCUGUUAUAACUUGGUUCAAGAUGCCGUUGCAACACACCGUGAAAACUUAAGAAAACUGGAAGACGUAUUAAAAAACAUUAAUAACAACCCAACUGUAGUAAUCGACGAUGAUUUCGAACAAAAACUGAAGGAAGUUCAGUCGCAAGUCGACGAGCUGGAAAAGAAUGCCAAAUUUGCUACCGGUGGUAACAUCCCAACGAGUGACAAAUUAGAGUCUCUUCAGAGCCAAAUAAAGGAAAUUCAAGAUCUAAUGGCCCAAACAGGAAGCUGGACUACUACAGCCGAAGAAAAAUCUUUAGAGGCUGAAAAUAACAUCAUGAAUAUUGAAAAAAUGAACGACAAAUCAGCAAACACGUUGAAAAGAGCGUUGGAGUACAUUGAAACCGAAGGAGCCUCGUCGCUUCUCAAGGCGGUUACAAAAAGUAACGAACUUGGACAACAGAGCGACCAAAUGUCUGAGAUUGCCAGGGAAGCGCGAAUGUUUUUAGCGUCAAAAGAGGAAGACAUGGAAAAAAUGAGAGUUACUGCGGAAAAAGCAAGGCAUGUAUCACUUGAAGCAUAUAACAUUACCAGAGACGCAGUUAAUCAACAGAAAAAUAUCAGUGAAGAAUUAAAAUCUUUGGAUACGGAGGUCAACUAUGUAAAGGAUAAAUUGAAUACAAUCAUUACCUCAGCAAACGAAGCACAAGAAUUGGUGACUAUGGUCAAUAAUGACUCAUUGUCAAUAUAUCGAGAUAUUUACGCUAUAAACUUACCAGAUGUCAAUGUCGCAGUGUUGAAGGAAAAUAUUUCCAAUUUAAACGCAGAGUCCGAACAAAUCAAGAAUGAAUUAAAAAUGCAAGCAACUGACCUAAACAUUAGUAACCUCAUUAAGGAAGUAGCCGAUGAGUUACAACAAUCUGAGAUUACAUUAGCUCAAGGCGAGCAGCAGCAACGAACCAGGGAAAACUAUUUGGCACAAGCAAAUGCUUCUUAUGAAAAAGCCGACCAAGCGGUUAAAUUAGGUGUAAAGAUUUUGGAAGAAGCUCAACAAACACUGAGCACAUUGCAAGCAUUCGAUAAGCAGGUGCAAGAUAGCAAAAAAAAUGCGACCGAGGCCUUAGGGCAGGUUUCACAAAUUAGACAGUUGAUAGAAGAGGCCAACGAUAAGACUUUACGUGCCCAACAAGCAUUAGCUGGAGCCGAACUGAGUGCCAUACAUGCCAGGGACACCGCCAAAGAAGCACAACAAACAUACGCUGAUCAAGCAUCAGAGGAUUCGAAGAAAAUAAAGAAAGCUGCGGAAAAUUUGGCGUCCGAAGUUCACAAGUUAUUCGACGAAAGUGUGGGGCAGAUAAAACGAGUCGGGUACACCGCCGAACGCUUGAAGGACGCGGAAACCCAAUUCGAAGAGGACCAAAAAAGCAUUGACGAUGCAAAAACGAAAAUCGGCCAAGCGAAGACAUCAGCAUCUGAAUCUAAAAAAAUGGUAGACAAAGCACUGCAAGAUGUCGAAAAUAUAUCAAAAGAAUUAUUAGAUCUGGCUGACAGUGAUACUGACAAGCUGAGUCUACUCAGCAGCAGAUUGGAAUCGGCCGAACAGGAGCUGUUGAACGCCGAGUUGGACAAGAAACUUGCGGCUAUCAAUAGUGCUAAGAUUUCUCAAGCUCAGUUAAUCAAUAAACUAAAAGAGGAUAUCAAAACAUUGACAAACGAUGUGAAAAAUAUCGAAGCGAUACGGCUGGCACUUCCGGUCGGAUGCUGGAAGAAAACGAACAUAGAAGAAUUGCGUUGAGCGAACAUCGUUCACCUCGACAGUACACGUUUUACCAUAUAGAGUCGUUAAUAUUAAGAUAAUUAUACAAAUUUUAAAAUGUUUAAGUCAAUUUGAUGUGUUCAUGAAUUCAAAAAGAUAGUCAUAAUAUUAUGUUAUCAUCACAAUUUGUUUACGCAAAUGAAUUAUUUUUUAUAAUACGGUAAGCAAGUCCAAAUUUUGAGAUGGGUGCACAAUUUUUAAUAAUUACUUUUAUAGAAUAACAUUACGUGCAUACAUAUUUCAUUACGUUAGUUUAACACUUAAGAAAUCUUCUAGUAAGUUACUUAAAAAACAAACAAACAAACAAAACAAUUCAAUUUUUAACAUCGGUUUAUCGAAAAUAGUUAUUUUUGUAGUUACAAUGCCAACCAAUAUAAAUUCAGUUUCAAACAAAAACUUUGGGGUCUGUCCCGUAGUCCCUAAGCGUCUUAGAAUAACUUUUUAAAUGUAAGAAUGUACCUAUACAAAAGACUUAAAUAAUAAUUAUGCUGUCUUGAGUAGAUUUAGAUAUAUAUAUAUAUAUUAUAAUAUUUAUGUAAGAUUAUUUCAAUGUGCCAAAGACCAAUUUAUUAUUUAUUAUCCUACAUACUAUGUCUUACUUAUAUUGAAGCUUUUUUCCCUAUAAUAAUGUAAAAUAAAUAAAUAAAAAUAAUUAGA